GCAAAAAUCCUUGAUUACGCAGCACGUUUUCUUAAAAAAUGCGAUGGAAUAUGCGGGAUAUUUAUUAGUGGUGUCAACAAUAAUCGAUUCGGCGGGGCAUGCACGAUUCAGCAUCGGUGCGGGGAAAGUGCCAUAAUCGAUUAUGUCACUGUUGAUUUUCUGGCCUUGAGUGGACAAUAAAGUUGUGAAGUUUCAAUUACUUCCGGGGGCAUAACAACAACAAUCAAGAUGGCUGAGGCGGAGGGAGAUCACCGCGAUAGAUGGGUAAUUAAAAACGCACCCAAAGUUUGGAAAGCGGACAUCUGGGCACAUUUCGGAUUCUACGAAGUUGAUGGGAAACUAGACAAGACUUACGCGGUGUGUAAAAUCUGCCACACUAAAAUCAAGCACGUUGGCAAUACAAAUAACUUCACCAACCAUGUUGAUCGUUGGCAUCCUGAGUUGGCUUCAACAACAACAACACAAAAAGUCGACACAUCCCAGCCAAGAAUUGACGAGUCGCUAGUGUCAACGUUGCCACACAACUCCGAGAGAGCAAAGAGGAUCACACGAUCGGUGGCAUGUUUCAUAGCGAAGGAUCUACGACCCUAUUCUGUGGUAGAAAAUGCGGGGUUUCGCCACAUGCUUAAAACAAUUGAUAUAAGCUACCGACAAGAGCUACCUUCACUGAUUCUGCGCUUCCCACAUUGUACAAAGAAACCAAAGCAAAGGUAAUGGAAUCAAUGUGUAAAGCCAGUCGUGUAGCCAUUACAAGUGACGCCUGGACUUCGGUCACUACAGAGUCCUAUGUAACCAUAACGGCACAUUAUAUUAGCGAGGAUUGGCAGAUUGUAUCACAUGUGCUGCAGACGAGAGCAGUUUAUGAGAGCCACACUGGUGCUCAUAUGGCAGGGCUACUCUUGGAUGUUGUGGAGGAAUGGCAGCUAACAGAUAAAAGUGUUGUGCUGGUGACGGACAAUGCCGCUAAUAUGAUAAGUGCUGCUGAAAUUGGGAAGGUCCCUCAUGUUAAAUGCUUCGCGCAUACGUUGAACCUCGCUGCACAGCAGGCGCUUAAGCUACCGACGGUCUCCAGACUUCUGGGCAGAGUCCGACGUAUCUCCGCAUACUUCCACCGCAGCACAAAGGCAAAGCACCUGUUUGAAGAAAAGCAGAGAGUUGUUCUUAAACUGACAAGUCCACUUAAACUGAUAACGGAUGUCGCCACAAGGUGGAAUAGUGCUCAUGAUAUGAUGGAGAGGUUUUUGCAACUGCAAGCUGCAGUGCAUGCCACCCUGCUGUCACCUGCCCUAAAUGUAGAUGAAAGUGACAUUGUCACUCUCAGCAGAGCAGAUCUGGCUAACGUGGAGGAAGUAGUGAAGACAUUAAAACCAGUGAAGGAUGCCACUGUUUUUAUGUCAGAGGAGAGCAGUCCUACAGUCAGCCUCAUUGCACCAGUAUAUGCCCAACUCCUCCAGAGCAUGUCAGACACUAUUGGAGACCAACCACUGAUCCGCGAUGUGAAGAAUGCCAUCAAAACAGAUCUCCUUAAGAGGUACAACAGUGGGGCAGAGAAGAAGAUCCUUCAUACAUCCUCCGCCCUGGAUCCUCGCUUUAAGGGGUUACCUUUCCUGACAGAGGAGGAGAGAUUGGAUGUCUCUGCAGGAGUGACUUCAGAGGCUGCAUCCCUGAAGUAAGAGAGGAGACGUAGGACAGAAUCAGAUGAAGCGCCUGGCGGAACAGGAAGUUCAGUAACCAUGGAAGAGUUGCUGUCCGUGAAUGACAAUGUUUCAGACUCAGCAGGCCCCUCCGCUCCCAAAAGAAGGGCCUUUUGCUGGGACCUGCUUUCAAUGACAUCAGUGAACCUGCAGUACAAAGUAAGACCGCCGAUGCCAGUGCUGAGGAGGAAAUGGACUUGUACUGUAGAUCCCCAGCUGUGCCUCUCUCUGAGGAUCCCUUGGACUGGUGGCAUCGCCAUAAGGGCACAUUUCCUCUCCUCUCUAGGUUGGCAAAUAGAUACUUGUGCAUCCCAGGGACAAGCGUGUCAGCAGAGAGAGUGUUCUCCACUGCAGGAGAUGUUAUCACUGCAAAAAGAAGCGCUCUCAAACCAGACCAUGUCGAUCAGCUUGUGUUCUUACACAAGAACCUUGAAAUUCCCAAAUGCUGAACAGUGAGAAGUUAUGAUGUAGGCUUAGGUCAAACUAUAUAUUUCCUCACUCUGAAACGGAUUGUUGAUGAUGGUGAUGUUAAAUUCAGACGGAAGACGUUGUUUGCACAAAUUUGGUAGUAGGCUAAGCCUACACACUUUAUUUUUGGUUUACAUUACAAUGUAUUUCACAUCUUGAUAUUUUGUUGUAUGCAGCUGAUGUGAUUGGUAGGAUCAGGUAUAUAAUUGUCAUUGUCUUAAAGCUGCUAAGCUGCUGUUUUGUUAAGAAUAGUUGCACUUGACUUGUACUACUUGAAAAAAGUUUCACAGUAAUAAGUGGUUACUGUGUGUUGCACUAAAUAUUUUUAUUGCUGGGUGCCUGGGUGGUUGUUGUUACAAUAGUGUGACUGAUUAAUAUUUGCACAGGAGUUCAGGAAGUGCCCUGUCUUAGAGCUGCUAUUUUACUGUGUGUAAAAAAACACUUUUGCUGGAAAAUGUUGGCUGUUAUUGCUCUAAUUUCAAAUGGUUCUAAAGCAGAGAGAAUAGAAACAUUUCUCAUUCAAAGCACUGAAAGCAGUGAUUUAUGUUUUCUUUUUCAGGUUUGAAAUGCCAUAUCCAAUACCCUGUACCAUUCAAUUUUAUUUUAUUUAAUGACAUUUAUGUCAAAGAUACAGGAGAGUGAUAAUACACACAUAGCAGCCAAUAAAAUCUGUUGUUCAAUA